AUGUCGAAGAAGCCGAAGGUCACGACGUGCACCUGGUCGCAGGAGAGGGGUCUACUUCGACAAUGGGACGAGGGGGCUCUGCGCACCAUCAUCCAGCAACAGAAGAAGAUCACCCGAACCACGAAGGAGCUGGGCUUCAAGAAGCUCUACCAGAUCCUGAUCGUGAUCGACGACUUCGCGGAUCAGCCGGAGCUCCACCAUCUCGACCUGGGUCUCCUCCAGAAGCUCCGGCUCAUCAGCGCCGCCGUGCGGGUGAACAUGCAGUUCAUGUGCGUCUGGCGCCUCCGCAACCAGCUGGAGCUGGAAGCCGUUCUGGAGGAGCUCACGGCCCUGCUGCCCAAGCAGGAGCUGCAGGCCAUCAAGAAGCGACGCGGGUCUGCCAGGUGCCCCUCGCGGGCUUGCUCCAUGUUGUCCUUGGGGCAGAAGAUGGGGUGCCGGGAACCUGGCGUGGGCCAGGGCGUUCUUGCGGCACCGGACCACGUCUAUUCCGUGACAGAUCCGCUCCGGCUUGUGGCUGUUGAGCUUGAAGAAGCGGGGGCAGCCGGGGCGAUUCCACGUAGGAUGUCGACAACAAUCUACGUGGACUCCCGCAAGCGAGUCGCGGGGGACGACUCCUCUUUCGAAUUUGACAUCGGGGAGACGCUCCACCUGCAAACCGGGGCCAAGCUCUCGAUCUUCAAGAUGCGCCCUGCAGACCCUCAACUGGGCGGCGCUGCCGGUCGGUGCUUACACGCUCUUCCCCGCACCGGCUCCUAUCCCGCGGGGGCAAUGCCCACCCGCCCCCUCAGCAUCAACCACCUCCUGGGCCCGAGCUUCAUCGAGGGCGCCCUGCAGAUCUUCACCUUCGUGACCAUGAAUCCGUACUCAGAGCUAGCCAACGCCGCGGAUAUCAAGGGACCUUUGGGUCAGGAUAUCUUGUGCAAAUGUAUCAUUAACGCGGGGCUUGGCUUUGUGAUGUCAACCAGAACGGACGAAGGGCAUUUCGUGAAAUUGCACGGCCCCAUUACCCUGCGCACCCUGCGCUUUAAGUUGACAGAUGUCGACGGCAACACGGCUGAGCCCUCGGCUCCUGACGCUGCAGAGUUUGCUGCAGAGCCUGCUGGAGAGCCUGCGGCAGAGCCUGCUGCAGAGCAGUUUGCUCCGCAACCCGUGCCGGAGCCGCCGAAACCCGCCGAGCCAGCCCCAGCCCCCAAGCGGAGAGGCAGACCUCCAGGUUCGAAGAACAAGCCAAAAGCCCCGAAGACGGUGCCCGCCGAAGAGGCCAUCGCAGCACCGGCUCCCGAGCCCGCGCAGCCUCCGAGCGCUCCGAGUCCGGCUCCCGAGCCUGCCCGCCCCGAGCCCCCGGCCGAGCCCGUUAGGAUGACGCCUGCCCAGGAGCGGGCCCUGCGCCAAGACCGGAUGUACCCGAGCUACAACCUCAACCCGCUUCUCCGGCGGCGGCACCGCAUGGCGGAAGCCGUCAACCGGCGGAUACCCCAGCUGCGUUACGCGCCGGCGGAGCGGCAGGGCAUACAGCGGAUGGCGCGGGACGUGGCCGCUGGCAGUUGCAACAUUCCAGAGGAAAGCCGCAAACUGACCUUGCUGAACAACGCUUCCAUCUACACGUCGAGCCACUUCUACCUCGACGACUAUAAUGCCCCGGAGCCCAUCAGCGAGGUCCUCAGCCCGCUGCUGGAGCAGAUCGCCGUCGGGGCGUCGGGCGAGACCGUGGGCAGGGCGAUCCGCAACGCCUCUCCGACGGGGGCCGCCUCGCUGCUCCUGGAUUCGAACAAUCAGAACGGCGUGGCCGAGCUGGUGGUGCUGUCGGGCGGCGGCGUGCAGAUCAACAGCUUCCAGCAGUUCAUAAGCUUCAACAACACGUCCGGGUUGGCCAACAUGGCCAUCGAGCCCAACAUCGGGGGGAGCAACGACGGGGAGGUCAUCUUCGGCUACGGCUUCGUCACGCUGAGCGACCAGGCACUCAAGGAGAACGUCCGGGCCAUCCCGGACUUCGAUGCCGUGGAGCCGCAGCUCUACGACCGCAUCGACGGGGGCAAGGCCCUCGGGCUUUUCCAGCAGCUGGCCCGGGACUUCAACGCGCGGGAUCCCUGGAAGCUCUACCAGAUAGCCCGGCGGGAGUUCCCGGGGCGGGCGGACCUGACGUCGGCGCGGGCCGCGGCGGCCCUGCGGAGCGACGUAGCCGCGGAGUUUGGGCAAGAGCGCGGCGGAGGGGCCGAACGACCGCCUGCAAGCGGACCUCAUCGACUUCUGCCAGAACACAAGGGGAGGGCAACUACGGCCCUGCCCGGAAGCGUGGUGCACCGCCAGAAGGACCCCAGCGAUCGGAAUGCGACGGCGGUCAUCAAUCGAGCGAUCCAAACGUUGAAGAAGGAUUUGGCAGGCGAGGUGGCCCGGCACGGCGGCGGAUGGGGGGAUCACGUCGACGAGGCAACAGAGGCCUACAACGCCCGGCCACACCAGGCGGUCACGGUGGCUCCGAAAAAUGUCGAGACGAUGCCGGCGGCCACCUUCCGCGUUUAUCAAGAUAAUGCAGCCAAGUUCCAGCACAACAAAGAGCUCACAGAGGGUCGCAAACGUCGAUUGGAAGAAGCGGGUGCCUUUAGAGCUCCAACAAAUGCAAGAAGAAGCUUCGAGCCACAGUACGGACCUGCUCGUGAUGUUGCAAGCGUUGAAUCCAUGGUUGUUCGUGCCACAGAUG